AUGGACGGAAACCUUGAAGACGUCGAGUUCUUUCGGCAGAUAGGUUGGUGCGAAGCCUACCUCGACCCUACCCGCUACUCGAAAAUUCCUGGCAUCACACGCAAACCCAACGAACAUGCUCGGGCCAAUACACUGUUUACGCGCACUCUACGCUCGUCGGAUUCGAUCAGAGCCACCGUGUCCCUCUCCGCCAUUCCGGCCAAGCCCAAUGAUCCCGUGACCGAGGCCGUCACACUGAUCUCGCUGGGCUCGGACUUGAACGGCUGGAGUGACACGAUCCACGGGGGAUUCUUGGCCGUCUUGUUGGAUGAGUGCGCGGGCGUGCUCCUAGGCUUGAAUGAAGGGUCUGGAGACGCGGAGCCACCACGCGUCUACACGGCUUACAUCAAUAUAUCGUACAAAAGACCCGUUCGAACCCCGCAAGUCAUCGUUGCAAAGUCCACGCUCUGUCGCAAGAUGGGACGGAAGAUUGUCGUCACGGUGGAAAUUCUCGACUCGGAAAGCGCCGUCUUGUGCAGUGCAGAAACACUGUUCAUAACGUCCAAUGCACCUGCAUAUCUCUGA